AUGACCAUCGACCAGCAGUUUACGAGGGCUGUUGAGGUUAUCCGCGGCUUGCCCAAGUCCGGCCCUGUCAAGGUUUCCCAAAAUGACCAGCUCAAGGUGUAUGGCUUGUACAAGCAGGCGACCGAGGGUGACAUCAACACGCAGCGCCCGGGUAUGUUUGAUCAGACUGGCCGCUACAAGUGGGACUCGUGGAACAGCCGCAAGGGCAUGUCGUCGGAAGAGGCCAAGAAGGGCUACGUCGACGUAUUCUUCGAGGUGUUUGAGAUGCUGAAGGACGAUGCCGAGUACUCCAAGUACAUUGACGAGGUCAAGAGCCUCGCCUAA